AGUAGCUAUUCCUCUGAAUUCAUAUUGUGCACAUAAACAUAACAUAGACCAAAUCCCUAUGAAUAUUCUAGGAAUAUAGUAGAAUUCCCAGUAGAAUUAAUCUCUUAUUAGUACACACACACACAAAGGGAGAAGAGAGAGAGGGAGAGGUCCCAGGCGCGUCUAAUCGGAUUAGGCAACUGUGGGUUAACAGGCUGCUGUCUCUCUCCGCCCUACAUGGGACAGUCGUGCGCGCAUACUUUCGACUGCAGCUCCACUUCUUGAACUGCCCCUAAAAUUCACGCCCUCGAAACGGAUAACAGGACGCGCGAAAGCAAAUCUCACUUCAUGGGACGUUUGCGCCUCGGAUGGGGGAUCACAAUAACCGCUCUCCAAAGAUGACUGAUGGUUUGGUGAUAAACUUGACGCGCAACCCGUUCAGCUAGUAUGACACCACAAAUCAAAGAGUUUGUGCAGUUUGGGCUCCCGUGUGAGAUGUGAGUGACUUUUUUUUGUUUUGUUUUGUGUUCUUGAACUCGUAGUUGGAUUCUCGUCUUGGCGACACAGGCAGUCCCAUGCUUGCGCCCCGCGUGCCAGGCUGCGCUCUACCCCGAGGACAGUGCCCUAGGCUCGGGGGUUAGAUGGUGCUGAUCACGGACGACAGGGAUGGAGGAGGCGUCCCGUCGGUCCGGGUCAAGCAUCUCCGACAUCAGCAGAAAGUCGGGCAGAUCCACCCGACCAUAACCGAGGAGCCUCCGUCCAACUCUGACGAGGACUACUUGGGCUCCUGCGAGGAGGAGGAGGACGACGGCGGAGACGAGGAGGACGGAGACGAGGAGGACGAAGAUGAAUUCGAGGAAGUUGACUUCGAGGGCUUGGACGAUUGUCGGAGCAUCUUGUCAGACGACUCCUUCUAUCCACCGGAUGAUGUGUUCGCGGACUCGGAGCGCACUCCGUCACCGGAUAGCCCGAAGCCGCUGUCUUUUUUCCAGGCGUGCUGCACCAACAACGCAGCCAUCGUCCGGAUGAUGAUCCGGCAUGGUGUGAAGGAGGAGGAAGUCAAACAGACUGACAGGAAUAACAAGACAGGGCUGCUGGUCGCAUGUUACCAAGGUUACGUGGACGUCGUCAUAGCGCUGUCCCAGUGUCCCUAUCUGGAUGUCAACUGGCAGGACAGCGAGGGAAACACCGCUCUCAUAACUGCUGCACAAGCAGGCCACAUAACGAUCACCAACUAUCUCUUGAACUACUACAUCGGGCUGGACGUAGAGAGAAGGAACUGUCACGGCUUCACCGCCCUGAUGAAAGCUGCCAUGCAGGGCAGGGUGGACUGCGUGCGCUCGCUCAUGAUGGCAGGAGCUGCGCUCAAUGCGAAGGACUUCGGCCGCCACCUGACUGCCAGGGAGUGGGCCUUGUUCACGGGCCGAUAUGAAACUGCUUGGGUGAUGACACGCCUUAUGGAACGGCCGUCUCCACACCAGUACCAUGAAAGGUUCAGUCUGGAGUGGCCACCACUAGCAUCCCUAGUGGCCAAAUCCCAGGAGCCCCGAGGCUGUCUGAAGCGCCUGUCAGACACCGUGCGGUCCGUCUUCAACAUUGCAAAUGUCACCAACCCCGAGGACCAAGGCGUUAUCGACCACAUGGUUUCCAUUACAACCGCCAUGAGGAGCCCUUUCAUCGCCGUGGCGUGUCACACGGUGUGCCCUGACAGUCCUCCAAGUGUGGGCAAGCGGUGCUAUGCGGUCCCCGAGAUCAUCCGCCAGCAGCGCGCCAAGGAGCUCCGCACCAUCAACCCCGACCGGGUGGACGGCCAUCUCAAACUCUUCCAGAACUCUCGGGUCACGCUGGUGCCCAAGAUCUCAGCGGACCGCCGAGCCAGCCUUCAGGCCCAGAGCCUGGUGCCUCGACACAGGAGCUCCAGCCUGGGCAUCGUGGCUUACAACGAAGCCAUGGAGUUGCGGAGAACCAGCCUGCUGCCCGUCCACAUGGUGCUGCGGAGGAGCAGCGUCAGGCCGGGCUUCAGCAUCCCCAAAGUGAGGGUGUCCAAAGCCCCCCCGUCCACCUACGAACCGGAAAAGGUCCGGAAGAAGAGCAGCACCAAAGAUGGAGGGCACCUCCUGCAGAUCCCGAAGUGGAGGUACAAAGAGCUAAAAGAGGAGAGGAAGAAGGCAGAGGAAGCUGAGAGGAGGAGGGUAGAGGCUGCGACCAAGAAGCGCAUUGCUACCGGGAAAAGGAAAUAAUAUCAUUACCUCAGAAGCUUUACACUAACCCCCAUUACAAAACAACAAAUGCUGGAGAAGCCACGACAUGGGUUGACUGUUUUCCCCCGAUACAUGGCUCAAGGUGAGCGCAGACUUAACAACGGUGUCCCAGGGAACUGAAGGUUGCUUUCAUCUGCUCAAGUUUUGCAAAAGGGGGGGUGCAGAGUGGCCUCUUAAAAAUGAGUCCUUUGUGAUGUCAAACAUCGAAUACCCAGGGGAUUUGAUACUUGAAAUGUUUUUAGCUAAUUUAUUUUUAAUAUUUAUUGCUUUUUAAUAGAUGGCCGGGUCUAUAUUUUGUUACGCUUGGGGAACUCAUUACGGUGAGGGGUGUAUGUAGCGCAUUGGAGCAGAAGACAUUUAAUAACACACAUUCUUUCCAGCAGAGCAGCAGAGUUGUGUCUAUCUUUCUGCCUAAAAAAAAAAGAAAAAAGAAAAAAAAAACGUUUUGAAGCAAUUUAAAACAUUUUAUGGAAUAAAAAAUUUAGUGAAGAAUACUAAUGUUGCCUGAGCAGUCUAAAUGCAGGUCUUGUAGAGAAUAUUUAUUGGCAAUAUUUUUUAGAUGCUUUUUGUUUUGUUUUAAAUUGACACACCCUGAAUGUAUUUUGCAUAAUAUAUAUAUAUUUUAUAUUAGAGAUUUUAAUGCUUUUGAAGAAAAACUUCUUUUUUUUAAUUAAAGAUUUUCCACUCACUGAUAUCUAUACAAGGUUUUCUAGUUUUAACCGUUUGAGGCCAAGUCUGAAAUGGAUCUUACACUUUAAUUUUUUUCCCAAAUGUUUGCAGUCCAAUACCACAGUGACACUGAGACCACGCAACGACUGGAAUGUGUGAGUUUAGUGUACACAGGGUACGGAUGUUGUGAAUGAAAUAAACACUUCUGCUAACGGUGA